AUGGCAUCCUCGAGCGCCAAUGCCCGUACUCCAGUCCCCUUUCCAAAGCCAGACCCAACUCAGCUACCUCAACAAGCCUCCAACACGGCAAGCUCGCCCAUCACUCCAAUGCGCCGCUCGCGAACCUCGACCAGUGCCUCCACCUCUUCAACCACGAGUCGCAUUCGUGCGGCCAGCAUAAAGUUCAUAGAGGCAAGCCCGCCGCCGGGCAUGUGGGCUGCGACUGGUACUGUUGUGUCGAAAGCGCCGACGCUGGCAGAGAUUCGUAGGGGCUCGUUCAGCUCUUCCGGGUGGAAUGAGGAGCCGCAGAGGUACAAAGCCGAGAGACGAGCAAGCCAGACUAGCCAGAGCGAACCCCACAGUCCAGUGCGACCGAACGCAGGAAAGGGCAAGAGAACAAGUUCGACAGGUACUCCUGGUGUAGUCGGCUCCGAACCUUUUCCUGCCCUUACCGAGGAAGAGAUGAGCGCCGCACCGACCCGAGAACCGCAACCAACAGAAACCAUAUGGCAGAUUCCCAGGUAUGAUGGCGUCGAGAAGGAGAUGAGCGCCGGGAAUUCCAAACCCAGCUCUGAGAUUACUGAGAAGAUGGAGGUGCCUGCACCUGCAGCUCCGCGGCUAGCACGGAAGGAGCGACAGUUCUCCAACGGCUAUGUGCCUCCACCGAAAGUACCGUGGACGCGAUCCACCGCCAUCGGCCUUAAGGCCUUCUGGAAAUGGUUCCUUACCCCCGCAGGCUUCCUUAUCACUCUCUAUGGCCUCAAUGUUGUCGCCUGGGGCGGCAUGCUCUUCCUCCUACUAUGCAAUGCCGCGCCCGCAAUGUGUAAACCCACCUGCAACGACAUACAAUCGCCCCGAAGAAUAUGGAUAGAGAUAGACUCGCAAAUUCUCAACGCCCUCUUUUGCGUUACAGGCUUUGGGCUUGCGCCGUGGAGAUUUAGAGAUCUAUACUGGUGGGGCUGGUGGAGGCUCGGCGGUUCAAAGCGCAAGGAGAUUGGCAUAAGGAGGCUGGCCGGGAUCCACCGCGGUUGGUUCCGACUUGCAGGCUCCGACUGUUUACCUGAGCAUGCGACCGUGAACACUGUAAACCCCGAAGACCCGGCCAUACCAAUCCCCGUCGACAAAAUACCCGAUCCUCCACCAACUGGCAUUCAUGCGCCGCCGACCAAGGGCUGGAAGAUGGAUUUCGUGGUCUGGAUGAACAUGUGGAACACAUAUUUUCAGGUUGUUCUCUGUUUCUACAUGUACCAUUACAACAGGUACACCCGGCCCUCGUGGGCAACUGGUCUUUUUGUGGCACUCGGAUGCACUGUUGCUGGUCUUGGAGGUAUCAUGAUGUUUCACGAAGGCAAGUAUGUGAAGAGGGUGGAAGGGGUGCCUGUGCCCAAAGGGUACGAGGACCAGUUAGCGAGACGAGACAUUGAGGUGCAGAACGUCCCGGUAGAGACGGUCCUGGAUAGAAUGGCGAAGAUAUGA